AUGUUUUGUUUUAAAAAUAUUCCGGAAAUUCCAUCACAUCGUCGAACACAAUUUUAUCUGCGAGAAGAAGAUGGCGCAUAUAAUUACGGAUAUGACUCAGGCAGUGGAAUGUCAGCGCAAGAGAAAUCAACAAAUAAUCAUGAGGUUGAAGGAAGUUACUCUUACAAGACUCCAGAAGGAAAGACCGUGACGGUUUAUUAUACUGCCGACGAGAAAGGUUAUCAUCCGAAAACUACCAUCGAGAAUGCGCCUUCAAAAGUAGAAACGAAGAAUGCAAAAUCGGAAGAAAGUCUUAAAAAUGAAGAAAAUCUUAAGAAACUUCAAGCAUUGUUCAUUCCACCACAAGAAUUUCCAGCACAAAACAAUCGUCAGCAUCAGAAAAAUAUUGAAGAAAUGAAAACAUCUGAAAAUGAAUUUAAAAAUGAAAUGAAAAACAAUGAAGAAUCGACGUACGAAGCUAAAAUUCUGCCAUGGCCAUCACCACCAGACGUUCCACCACUUCCAACUAUCAUUCCAUUACCCAAACAUUUCUUGUCAUCUUCUGGUAGUUUAGAGUCUAAUGAGGGAAACUCUGAAGAAAUCUUUCCAUACUCUGAAACAACUGAUGAUCGUGAAUCAAAUGAUUUCAUUUCAAAAUUUUUUGACACUUUGUCACAAUCAUCACAAGAAAGUGAAUUUAAUAAUUCAUCAGAACAAAGAAAUAAUGAAACGAAUCAAGAAUUUUCUUUAGAAAAUGACGCACAAUCGAGACCAGAACCUUCAGAUAUUUCAAACAACAACGAAGAUGACUUCACUUUGCAAACAGAAGAUGAAAACUCUCGACAACAAUUUGAAAUCGAUAACAGAGAGAAUGAAAAUUUUGAACAAAAUCCAGAAAACUUUGACUUCAAUUCAUUAGUAAAUUCUUUUGAUGAAAAUGUUCCAUCUUGGGUUCGCAUUUUACCAGAAUCAGAAUCAAUCCACAAUAUCCCUGAUCAAAUAUCCCUUCUAGAUAGAUGGCAACUAGCAAGAUUUCUCGCAUUUCCAAAUCGAAAUCGUUCAUUCAGACUCGAUAAAUUUCUUCAUCCAACUUAUACGAUCAUCACACCAUCAAAUCGUCUUAUCAAAACACUUGUUUAUCGACCUGAAAUUGCUGUCAUUGUUGGAUAUUUUCCACCCAAGCAUUCAGGAAUGCAUGGCUAUAUUUAUGACACACAAUCAUAA